AUGUCGUUUUUUGUUGGCUUAAUUGUUGGUCUCGCUGUCGGUUUAGCAUUGAUUGUUGGUUUUGUUAAGUCCGAGAAUGCAAGAUCCAAGCUUCGGUCUGAGCUUGCAACAACUAUAGCUGCUUUCGCAAGAAUGACAGUGGAGGAUUCAAGAAAGAUCUUGCCAGCUGAGUACUACCCUUCUUGGUUGGAUUGGCUUAAUCAACACCUUACAAAGAUCUGGCCUUAUGUUGAUCAGGCAGCUUCUGGCCUGAUAAAGACUUCAGUAGAGCCUGUUCUUGAGCAAUAUAGACCGAUUAUAUUGUCAUCUCUCAAAUUUUCGAAGUUCACUCUUGGCACUGUUGCGCCCCAAUUCACAGAUGACUUCACAGGAUCUUUAGUUCUGGCUGGGACUGUACCAACUGGCAAUCCUAAAUCAAUGUUAUUUUUAGGAGUUUCUAUCAUCGAAGAUGGAGGCAGUGGCAUCACUAUGGAGUUGGAAAUGAACUGGGAUGGGAAUCCAAGUAUAAUACUUGAUAUUAAGACUAGACUUGGCGUUUCUUUGCCUGUACAGGUCAAAGAUAUUGGAUUUACUGGGGUUUUCAGGUUGAUCUUUAAGCCACUAGUUGCUGAGUUUCCCUGUUUUGGAGCUGUUUGUUAUUCUUUGAGGCAAAAGAAAAAAAUGGAUUUUACACUUAAAGUGAUUGGUGGUGACAUAUCUGCAAUUCCUGGACUUGAUGAUGCUAUUCAGGAGACAAUACGGAAUGCUGUCGAAGAUUCUAUUACCUGGCCUGUUCGGAAAGUUGUUCCAAUUUUGCCUGGGGAUUACAGUGACCUGGAGUUAAAGCCUGAGGGAAUAUUGGAGGUGAAGCUUGUGCAGGCAAAGGCUUUGACGAAUAAAGACCUCAUUGGGAAAUCUGAUCCCUUUGCAAAGUUAUAUAUACGCCCUUUACCUGACAGAACGAAAACCAGCAAAAUAAUUAACAAUGAUCUGAAUCCAAUAUGGAACGAACACUUUGAAUUUGUUGUUGAAGAUGCAUCCACUCAACACGUGGUGGUAAAAGUUUAUGACGAUGAGGGGCUACAGGCAGCUGAGCUCCUUGGGUGUGCCCAAGUAAAUAUAAGCGAGCUUGAGCCGGGUAAAGUGAAGGAUGUCUGGUUGAAUCUGGUUAAGGAUUUGGAGGUCCAACGAGAUAAUAAAAACAGGGGGCAGGUACACCUGGAGCUUUUGUACUGUCCUUUUGGUGUGGAGAAUGCCCUUGCCAACCCUUUUGGCUCUGACUAUUCAAUGACCUCUUUGGAGAAGGUACUUAAAAGCGGGGCAAACGGUAUGGAAAUUAAUGGAAAUGGAAAUGGAGUUGCACAAAAGAGAAGAGAGGUUAUAGUUAGAGGAGUUCUCUCUGUCACUGUCAUUUCUGCAGAAGAUUUGCCAGUGGUGGAUUUGAUGGGUAAGGCUGACCCCUUUGUUACACUGACAAUGAAGAAAUCGGGGAUGAGAAACAAAACCAGGGUUGUGAACAACAGCUUGAAUCCUGUCUGGAAUCAACCUUUUGACUUUGUUGUUGAGGAUGGAUUGCAUGAUAUGCUUAUUGUCGAAGUUUGGGAUCAUGACACAUUUGGGAAGGAUUAUAUGGGAAGAUGCAUCCUGACUUUGACCAGGGUCAUAUUGGAAGGGGAGUACAAAGACUGCUUCCAACUCGAUGAGGCUAAAUCCGGAAGAUUAAAUUUGCACCUCAAGUGGUCGCCGCAGCAUAUUUAUCGCGAUUCUUGA